AUGUCUGGUACACUUCGUCUUCGAGAACAUCUUCAAGAAGUAAUUUCACUUCUUUCGAAUGAACCAAAGUCUUCAUCUAUUCCAUUGAAUGAAAAUAAAGAAGACGAAGAAGAAAUAACAUUUACAAAUUUAAACUAUACAAAUAAUUCAAAUAAAAUGACAACAAAUAUGAUUGAUAUAGUUGAUCCAAUUGAUUAUGAAGAAUAUCUUGAUGAACAUAGACAAAAAGUUGAAAAUGAUCCAUUACAUCAUUUACUUGAAUGUCCAAUUGAUGAUAUUGAUUUUAUUCGUAUUGAUCGACAAUAUCGUACUAUUAUUCCAACAAUGCCGGAAAAAGAAGCUUUGAAUGAUCCACACAUUCGUGAUUGUUUACAAAGUUUUAAUGGUGAACAUUUUUUUCUUCGUCGAAAUUAUAAUCAUCAUGGUAGUGCCAUAACAUUAUUAAAUGUUCGUCAAGAACAAAUGCAAGCUUUAAAACAAAUACCUAAACAAGAUUAUGAAGUUGAUUUAAUUGAUGAUAAUAGACAAAUUUUAAUUGAUCAAGAAAGAGAUAGUCCAAGAAAAUUAGCUAUUAAUGAUUCAACAAUAAAUCCAGUAAAAAGCAGUUGGGUUUUAGCAAAAGAUGAUUUAGAUAAAACAGAACCAGAUACAAUAAUGCCUCAUUUGAUUGAACGUAUUCCGAUUGAGAGUGUUGAUAAAGAAAAUGAAUUAUUACGAGGAAAAAAUCGUUAUGCAAAAUUAUUUAGUUCUUAUCCACCUCAAGCUGAUGUUGAUUGUAUUGAAUAUCGUCCAGCAGCCGAACCACUUCAACCAUAUACAACAUUUAAACUUCAAGUUAAAUGUUUAGAUUUCAAAUUUGAACCGGAAAUGGAACCAAUGUUUAUAACAUUAGCAUUAUAUGAUUUUAAAGAACGAAAAAAGAUAUCAGAAAAUUUUCAUUACGAUGUAAAUAGCGAUGCAUUAAAACAAAUGAUUCAUAUUCGACCUGCAGUUGAUGGUUCAACAUUAAGUCUAUCGUCUAUUUUUCCAAUAUCAUUUCCAUCACCUGAUAUUUAUCUUAUUAUUCGAAUCGAAAAAGUUUUACAACAAGGUGAUUUAUCUGAUUGUGCUGAACCAUAUAUUAAACAAGAUAUAAAAAAUCAACAACGAUAUUAUGAACAAGCUAUACAAUUUUGUCAACGUCUUGGUCGUUUUCGUAUGCCAUUUGCUUGGUCAGCAAUUAGUUUACGAGAUAUUCUCAAAGAAAUUGAACAAGAAACAAUUCUAUCAGGUCAUGCUAAUACUUUACCUGCUAAUUCAGAGUUAAUAAAUUCAACUAAUAAAGCUUCUAGUCUUGAACGAAAAAAUAUAGGUACAGGUGGUCUUCGUAAUGCUUAUGAAAGUUUUCGACGUUCACGUGAUGAAAGUUUAACACGAAAUAAUUCGAAAAAAAUUGAUGAUCGACAAAUUCCUACAUCAUCACCAAAUUCAACAUUAUCAUCAACAAAUACAAAUCUUUCAACAACAUCUGAUGAAUUUUUUCAUAUAUUAGCAAAUUUUGAUCGACCAAUUAUUGUUACACUUAAAGGAGUUUAUAAACAAGAAAGUGAACGAUUAAGUGAUGAAGAUAUAUUUAAAUUUCUUACCGAUUUUCGAAAACCACCAACAUUAGCAAAAAAACCUAAAACUAUUCCAGCUUAUAUUCGUUUUGAAUUUAAUCAAAUACAUCCUGGUGAUACAGUUGAUUGUUGUCUUGAUCCUCAAUUAAAUCGUUUAAAACCUUAUACUGAUGAUACAAGACGUCCAAUAAAAGAAUUAAUUGAAUUUCCACCACGUGAAAUAUAUUUACCACAUACAUCAUAUAGAAAUCUUCUUUAUCUUUAUCCAUUAUCUCUUAAUUUAUCAAAUUUAACAACACGUGGUUCAACAUCAGCAAGAAAUAUAGCUGUUAAAAUACAAUUAAUGGGUGGUGAAGAAGAAAUAUUUGCAUUACCAUUAAUAUUUGGAAAAUCAUCUGGACAUGAAAUGAUUAAAGAAAUUUAUUUACCCGUUUUAUAUCAUUUAAAAUCUCCAUCAUUUUAUGAUGAAGUUAAAAUUCGUCUUCCAGCUGUAAUUGAUGAAAAUCAUCAUUUAUUUUUUACUUUUUCACAUAUUAGUUGUCAACCGAAAGAAAAUGCACCGAUUGAAACACCUAUUGGAUAUACAUGGCUUCCAUUAUUAAAUAAUAAUCAACUUGUACAUGGAGAUUUUAAUUUACCUGUUGCAUAUGAAAGACCACCACAUAAUUAUUCACUUGUACCACCAACGAAUCAUGAUGUUAAUAAUGUUAAAUGGGCUGAUAAUCAUAAACCUUUAUUUUCCCUAUCAAUUCGCCCUUCAUCAACAAUUCAUUCAUUGGAUGAACGAUUGGAAAAUUUUUUUCACAUGUAUAAUCAACUUCGAAAACAAGCUUAUGUUUCUCAUCAUCAUCAUCAUCCUCAUUAUCAAAUAACUGAUAAAGAUUUUAAACAAGCAAUUAUGGAUACUGUUUGGGCACAAGCAGAAAAACUUGUUCAAUUUCUUUAUAUUCUUCUUGAUACACUUCUUUCAUUAUUAGUUCGAUCACCAAUACUUAAUGGACAUAUAUUACUUAUUUUUCCACUUGUUAUCACUCGUAUUGCACAGCCAUUACUCAUUCAUGAAAUUGUUAUGUAUAUUCAAAAUCCAUCACGAUUGCAAGUUUACGCUAGUUAUCUAUGUGUUAUUGGCCUUUGUAUUGCUACAAUUCUGCAAGCCAUUAUUCAUCAAAAAAUCUACUUCCUAAAUCAACGUAUAGGAAUGCGUAUUCGUAAUGUGUUAUCGUCUACCAUCUAUAAACAUUUGUUAACCAUCAACACUGUAGCUCUUCACAAGACUACUGCUGCUCAAACGAUCAAUUUGGUAGCGAAUGAUGCAAGUAAAUUUGAAGAAUUCUGCACGUACUCGCAUGCUCUAUUGUUGGCGCCUUUGGAAGCUGUUGUGAUGUUUGGUCUCAUUUGGAGGAACAUUGGCUUAUCGACACUAUUCGGUUAUGCAGUACUAGUUCUAUUAGUACCAAUACAAAUCUUAUUCAGCAGAUUAUUCAGUCGGUAUCGAAAGGCCACAAUGGCAUGUACAGACAAGCGUGUGCAAACGAUCAAUGAACUUGUCAAUGGGUGUCAAAUUAUUAAAAUGUACAAUUGGGAAAGAGCGAUGGAGCAACGAGUACAUGAAAUACGUCGACGUGAACUUUCGCACAUUUAUAAAUCCAGCUGUUUGAGAUCUCUUAAUGUUGCUCUGUUCGUUGCAUCAUUACUUUUAAUUUCUCUCGCUACAUUUGGUGCCAGCUGGUUAAUGGGCCGAACUUUAUUUCCAGAAGAUAUUUUUUCUGCAGUAGCCUUCUUCUCUAUGCUCCGAGUUUCCGUAACCGUUUUAUUGCCACUUGAUAUAGAAAAGUUCAGUGAAGCUCGUGUUUCUGCACAAAGAAUCGAUCAAUUUAUGCAACUCGACAUAUUGUUCAAUAAACAUGAAAACGUGGAAAACAAAGACGGGAAUCAUGCAAUCAUAAUGGAAGAUGCGUCAUUUUCUUGGAAAGAUUCUUGUUGUCUGUCUGCUCUCAAUCUCAAGAUCAAGCAUGGUACCUUAGUUGGAGUGAAAGGUUCCAUCGGUGCUGGGAAGUCAACGCUGCUAGCUGCUAUUCUCGGUGAAGUCAAUCUUGUCAGUGGAAAACUACGACAAUAUACUAAUUCUGUUUCGUACGCUCCACAAUUAUCUUGGAUAUUUGCUGACACUAUUCGAGCUAAUAUUCUUCUUGGCAAGUCAAUGGAUGAAGAACGUUACAAAAAUGUAAUAAAGGCAUGUUGUCUUGAUAUCGAUCUACAGAAUUUUGGUGAAGUCGGUGAUUUAUUGAUGAUCGGUGAUAAAGGUAUCAAUUUGAGUGGAGGCCAAAAGGCUAGAAUAUCUCUCGCUCGUGCUCUUUACGCUGAUGCCGAUUUAUAUUUACUAGACGAUCCACUUGCUGCUGUUGAUCCAAAAGUGGCAAAGAAAAUUUUUGAUGAAUGCAUCGGUCCACGUAGCCUUCUUCGUGGAAAAACUCGAAUAUUGGUAACACAUCAGACACAUUUCUUAGUUGAAGCAGAUCAAAUGAUUCUCUUGACUAAUGGUCGCAUCAAUGAAUUCCAUAUUGAUAUUGAACAAACUAUUGAAAAUCAGCCAUCGAAUAAUACUUCAGAAGCAUACUCAUCUAAUGGUACAUUAGAAACAGAUUCAUCUAAUGACAAGGAGAUCGAUUGGGCGCUUAAAACUGCUAUAAUCGAUAUCAAUCCUAUUGUAAAGAGUGAGACAUCAGUUGAUGGUGCCAUCAAGUGGAGUGUUUGGCUUCAACUGUUCACUUCACCACCUUUGCGUUGGUUUGGGUUUUUUCUUAUGAUACUUCUUAUGUGUGCGGCCGAAGCUCUAUACGACUUUACAAAUCGUUGGCUCGCACUUUGGUCUGGCAAAUCUUAUGAUCAACAAAAAUCAUCAUUUUAUGCCUAUGUCUAUCUUGGAUUGACAUUUGGUACAUUGAUCAUUAUAUUAAUACGUACCGGCUUUAUUUUCUUUAUCAUGUUGAGUGGAUCGACCUAUUUCCACAAUCAAAUGCUCAGCAGUAUGUUAUAUACUUCGUUACGUUUCUUUGAAAGUAACCCAAGUGGUCGAAUAUUGAACCGAGCAAGCAAAGAUCAGCAAGCAUUAGACGAAUCGCUACCUUUGGCUUUAAUCGACAGUACACAAAGUCUACUAAUGACUAUUGGUUCUAUUAUUAUCAUCGGAACGACUAAUCCAUGGGUGCUUCUGGUCCUCGUUCCUUUGGUUCCUACAGUUUUAUGGCUUCGUCGGUUCUAUAUACGUGCUAGUCGUCAACUCAAACGACUCGAAAGUGUAACACGGAGCCCAAUGUAUGCAUUGUUCUCGUCAUCAUUAGAUGGCCUCACUAGUAUUCGUGCCUUUAACGUUCAAGCCGAUUUCUUAAAUAUGUUUAUGGAAAGAAUCGAUACUAACUCACGAGCUUAUUUCAUUCUCUUCUCCACCUCACGUUGGUUUGGUAUACGACUCGAUCUCAUGACAUCCUUAAUUACAUUAGUUACGGCUAUUCUUGCAGUAGCAUUGCGUGAUCAAAUGGACCCAUCGACAGCAGCUCUCAGUCUGAACUAUUGUAUCACUUUAACAGGCCUGUUUCAAUGGGGUAUUCGACAAUCAGCCGAAGCUGAAAAUUUUAUGACCAGCGCAGAACGUGUUCAUGAAUAUGGUCAACUUGUACCAGAAAGUCAUAGAAACAGUAACGAAAGUGAAAUCCUCAUUCAACCUCCAGAUGAUUGGCCUUCUCGUGGUAUUAUUGAGUUCAAAAAUUACACUUUUCGCUAUCGUCCAGAACUCGAUUCUGUACUCAAGAAUAUUAAUUUACGAAUUGAAUCCAAAGAAAAAAUUGGAGUUAUUGGUUGA